AUGGCGCUCACUCAACCCCCCGUCCCCGUGGACAUCUUCCCCGACGGCCUGAAAACCACCGGCCAACACCCCCCUCUUUCCGAGCACAUCCACCCCUUCGACAAAUUCCCCAAGGAGAUCUCAGGUCCGACCCUCUGGAAGGCCGAGGACUACCGCGAGCACCCAGAGAAAUGGACUCAUCGGUUUUCGGCCGAGGAGAUCGAUGAGCUGAGCGGCGCUGCGGAUGCGUUUCUUCAGAACAAGAUCCCUCUGACGGGGAUCAGCAAGUCCAACUUCCCCCUCCCCAACCUCUCCAACCACCUCGAGACUCUCCGUCGCGACCUCAUCGACGGCAAGGGCUUCAUCCUCUUCAAGGGCUUCCCCGUCGAGAAAUGGGGCAACCACAAGUCCGCCGUCGCGUACAUGGGCCUGGGCACGUAUCUGGGCUACUUCGUCAGCCAGAACAGUCGCGGCCACGUCCUGGGCCACGUGAAGGAUCUCGGCGAGGACUCGACCAAGAUCGACUCGGUGCGGAUCUACCGGACGAAUGCCCGGCAAUACUUCCACGCCGACGACUCCGACAUCGUCGGUCUGCUGUGCAUCGCGCGCGCCCUCGAAGGCGGCGAAUCCGACAUCGUCUCCUCGCAUCACGUCUACAACACCCUGGCCAAGGAGCGCCCGGACGUGCUGAAGACUCUCACCGAGCCGAUCUGGUACUUCGACCGAAAGGGCGAGACGAGUAAGGGCCAGGACGAGUACAUCAAGACGAGUGUCGUGUACUUGGAACGGGGGGAGAAUGCCCGUGUUUAUACCAAAUGGGACCCGUACUACGUCCGCUCGCUCACCCGCUUCUCCGACGCCGGCAUCAUCCCGCCCCUCUCGCCCGCCCAGCUCGACGCCCUCGAGGUCCUCGAAGCCACCUGCAACCGGCUCUCCUUGCACAUGAUCCUCGAAGUCGGGGACAUCCAGUUCGUCUCGAACUCGCAUGUCCUGCACGCGCGCACGGCGUACACGGACCAUGCGCCGCCCGCGCCGCGCAGACACUUGAUGCGGCUGUGGCUGGCGACACCGGAGCACGAGGGAGGCUGGAAACUGCCGUUCUGGGAUAGUAAUGAGAAGAAGAGGGGGGGUAUUCAGGUCGAUGAUCAGCCGCCGGUGGCGCCGUUGGAUGCGGAGUAG